AUGGAUGCGCUGGGCUGGCUGCUGGCACUGGGCACUGCCGCGCUGCUGGGAGCAGAGUGCAAAGCUCCUCUGGAGACACCCACAUUUGGGGACAUCUAUCAUGUCACAGGAGUCAUCAGCUUGCCCUAUGCAGAGAUCAAGGAGCCCUUCGAAGCCUGGUACAACCUCACUGGAGGCAAGAGCCGCAUCGAGUACUACGGCGGCCAAGUGGUCACCUACCAGUUUGGGUCCAUUGAGCCCUUUGGCGCCAGCUUCAAGGUGACGCCUGAGACCACGGAGACAGAGGUCAAUGUCCGCAAGUGCUUCCGCAUCAAUGGCACCGACAGGGACCUCAUUGCCCCACAGAGCGUCUUCCCCAGCCUGGAGAACUUCAAGUGGGUGCGGGAGGAGCGCUUCCGCGGACAACGCUGCACCGUCUGGCAGAACGUCUCCUACUGGGGCCACAAGAAGAACGUCUACAAGCUGUGGGUGGGCAGCUCUGCGAGCGGUCCUGUGCCCUUGCACUAUGAGGUGCGUGGCUUCAACAGCCUCCUGGGGUCCCACUAUGACAAGUAUGAGAUCGACUACUCCUCCUUCAGCCAUCACUUCCACUCCAGCAUCUUCCACCUCCCCGAGGGGAUGAAGUGUGAGCAGUGGCCCACAGCCGGCCCCGAGCACCGCAUUGUAGCCAACCCCAUGCAGGAGUUUGUGGGGAGGACACCGGAGACGGACCACAUCCACCACCACCUCUUCCACCGCUAUAAGAAGCGGUUCGGGAAGAGCUACAGCAGCGAGGAGGAGCACGAGCAUCGCAAGCGCACCUUCAUCCAUAACAUGCGGUUCGUGCACUCCAAGAACCGCGCCGCGCUCUCCUACACGUUGGCGCUGAACCACCUGGCUGACCGCACGCCCCAGGAGCUGGCUGCCCUCCGCGGCCGCCGCCGGAGCGCGGCUCCCAACAACGGGCAGCCCUUCCCUGCUGAGCUCUACACCGGCCUCAUCCUUCCCGAGAGCCUUGACUGGCGGCUGUAUGGUGCUGUGACCCCUGUGAAGGACCAGGCUGUCUGCGGGUCCUGCUGGAGCUUCGCCACAACGGGUGCCAUGGAAGGUGCCCUCUUCCUCAAGACCGGCGUGCUGACCCCCCUGUCCCAACAAGUCCUCAUCGACUGCUCCUGGGGCUUCGGGAACUACGCCUGCGAUGGGGGCGAGGAGUGGCGAGCCUACGAGUGGAUCAAGAAACACGGUGGAAUCGCCACUACUGAGUCCUACAGGCCUUACCUGGGCCAGAACGGCUACUGCCACUGCAACAAGUCGGAGAUGGUGGCCCAGCUCGCCGGCUACGCCAGCGUGGAGCCGGGCAGCACUGCAGCGCUGAAGGCUGCGCUGGUCAAGCACGGCCCCGUGGCCGUCAACAUCGACGCCUCACACAAGUCCUUUGCCUUCUACGCCAACGGUGUCUACGAAGAACCCCGCUGCGGAAACGAGACGUUGGCACUGGACCACGCGGUGCUGGCCGUGGGCUACGGGGUCCUGCAUGGCAAGAGCUACUGGCUCAUCAAGAACUCCUGGUCCACCUACUGGGGCAACGACGGCUAUAUCCUCAUGGCCAUGAAGGACAACAACUGCGGUGUGGCCACUGCUGCCUCCUUCCCCAUCCUGGCCUGAUGGGACACCUGCCCUGUCCCCUCCAUGUCCCUUUGAGCAGCUCCAGACGGAUGGUGGGCAGGCAGAGGGAUGCGGGACUCCAGGAGGUGGUUGUGGGGCAGAGGGGGGCAGCUCAGCGGGAGGUGGGAGGAUGCUCCCAGUUCUCUGGAGCAUUAUUUUACCAUUUGGGCAAUAAAAGCCUGUAGAAGUGAUCCUGUCUGGCAUGUUGGGGUAUCUUCUGUCCUCCACCGACCUGGCCUGUCCUCCACCGACCACAGCUCCUGCCGUGACUGCAGCCCUCUGUGUGAUGAGUUUCACCCGGUGCUCAGCCCAGCUCACCCCUGUUUGGGUUAAGGAUGCCUUAGCUCCGGUUUUAGUGCCACCUCCUUCCCCAGCAGCAGGAGGGAGCCUCAAUCCACCCUUGGAAGCUGCGCUGGGCUUGGGGCCAUCCUGUUCCCAACUGGACUCUGCCCCAUCCCAGCAGCUUGCAUCGUGUUGGGAAGAAGGAAGCUGCCCUCACCGGAAAGAGCGAUCCUCAGCACCCAGUGCUUCUUGGGACACCUGGGUCCUCUCCUCAUCCUCUCUCCAGGUUCUCCACUGCUUGGUGACUCGGUUUCCGCAGCCUUCUGCGGGGGAAACAGAGCCGUUGGGGAUUUCCAUGCUGCUGCCAG